AUGUCUUCGAUCCAGCAUGACCCUCAUAUUUUAUACAGCAUCAACAAUAUUCGAGCAUUCCACAUCCAAAAUGGCGAGGAGUCCGAACUCACCUCUUCGGGCCCGCAAACCCUAUCUCUGUUGAUGGUUCCUACCUCAUCGCCUUACCAGGAUACGUCGGCCGAUGGAGCUGAUGCCGGAGAAUCAUCACCAGAAGAAGACUUCUAUCUACAUCUACACCUCCCCCCAGAACUGGAUAUGGCGCUUCCUGCCACCACGCAAAUCUAUCACCAACCGCCUUCUAGCUAUCUCAUUCCUCGGUGGGAUCUCGGUCCGGACGCUGGCGCCUUCAUUCGCCUAGAUUUUCCUGGAAUCGGUUCUGGAAGUGGAAAAGUGUCUCAAGAGGAUGUCGACACCUUCGAGACCAUUCUCGCGCAGUGCACGGCGUUUCUCGAACGUGCCACUCCGCCAAAAAACCACGCUACGUACAAUCCUGCUGAUUAUGCACCUGGAGAGGGUUAUAUAUCAUCAGGGAAAGGAGGUAGUGAGAAGAAUUCUGGUCAGAUUGUCCUAGUCGAUGAGGAGGAUGGGAGCGUUGUUGGUGAGCUUUCAGAGGGCUAUCAGGUCGAGGAGAAGCCAGGCGUUAAGCCGGGUUCGAAAAACCCCGUCGAAAUUCAAUUGCCAGAAGAAGGAGAGGGUAACAAAAUCAGCAUCACCAAUGUCUCCGAAGAAUACCUACGCAUGGCUCGACACCCAGCGUUUCAAAAGUCCACCAUUGUGCAGACUUCCGCCACAGCGUCUCGCCUAAUUGUCACAGGCUCUAGCUACCUAGCCAAUGCUCUCGCCAGCGGAGCUGACAAUUUCACGCAAAGAACGAAACCAAACCCCAAGCCAGUGGUAUUCACUCCUGCUGCACAGGCACGGAUCCGCAAAGUGCACAACCUAUCUCAAUCUGCCGCUGGAUUAUCGUCUCGCACCGCAGGCCAAAUUGGUCGCGUGGCGCAGAAUCUAGGCGCAACACUGGCUCGGCGCAAGGAGACGGCCAAAAGCUCUUCGCAGGGUUUCGAUAAGGAUGGCAACCCCGUAGACUUCAAAGCAGGCGUACUGAAUAAAUCGCUGAUCGCCUUUUCGACCCUGAUGGACGGGAUCGAGCAGGGAGCCCGGACAGUGCUGACAUCAGGCGGCGCUGCUGCCACGACGAUGAUCGGACAUAAAUACGGAGCGGAUGCUGGCGUUGUGGCGUCGGAUCUCACAGGCGGGUUCAAGAAUGUCGGGUUGGUGUAUAUUGAUGCUGCUGGGGUGAGUCGAAAGGCUGUUUUGAAGUCUGUCGCUCGAGGUAUGAUUGUGGGCCGCAUGCACAAUGGCCAGCAGGUGGUUGUUGGCGGAGGCGACGGCGGACAAGUCCCCGACGAAUCCGGAAAGACUCAGUAUAGCUACUACGGGAGUGCUGCCCAGGGCCCUUCCUCUGCGCGUCCUCCUCGUCGCCCAUCGCCAAGUCGUACGCCUCCGCCUGCAUAUGGUGCGCCUGGGACAUACUCUUUGGGAGGGACUCCUGCAGCUGGGAAGCAGUAA